UCAAGCCAGAACAUUUUGUCUUUAAAGCUGCAUUCAGGUGCUCAGCAAGUUGCUUUACCUGGAGCAAAGCACAUAUCGCUGCUGAAUGAAAUCAGUGUCUUCCAGCCAGAUCCCCAGGCACAACAUCUUUCCAAUGGUGCCAGGAUGAGGGACCUACAUUGCUUGUGUCUGAUUUUGUCUUUCUUAUGGGAACAGAUGGUGAAGGCUUAUAAAUAUAUGAGUGGUAUAUUUCUAGUAAGUCAUUCAUCGAACCAGCAAGCCACAGACGGUUCCAGGCCGCCCAGCCAGAUGGAUGUAAACCGGCUCCAGGAGCAAUAUCACUACUUAAAAGAGAAACAAAAGCUGCACACCCAUGUUGUUGUGUUUAAAACAGGUGGGAAAGGGGCCAUUCCCAGGAAAUCCAUGAUCAGUGCUGUUUUAAUUAAGAAGAGCAUGAGGAAAGCAUUGAAAGGAAGAGAGUUCAAAGUGGGUUUGCCCUGCCACGGAAAUGGACAAGACAGUUCACCAUGGCGGAUACAUAUUCACCAUCUGGCACAUCACCAGGAACGGCCUUACGAUAGCCUCCAAAAUCGGACUGGAUGUGGCACGUGGUCUUGCGAAGAAGAGUCCUUAGAUGGUACUGAACCGGCUAUUGCAUUCUCCAUCAAAGAGGAAAAUUCACACCCUUCUGAAGAGAUGGUCAGUUCCAACUCGACUCGGACAUCGGUAACUUCCAUUUGGACUUACUCCAGUCUCAACAUCUCAGCUUCGAAACCAGUAUCUAGUAAGCUAUCGUAUUACCCUUUCCCUCAGAAGAAAAAUCCCAAGGUUUCUGAAGCUGCAAAGAAACUUGGGUUAUAUGUCUCCCAGUGAGAAGUCUACCACAGAAGACAGUGGUAGGCCUAUCACUACAGUUAAUUUUUCGGUAGAUACAGCAAGCUUCUUUUUGCCUCAUGCACUGGUAUAAUUUGCCUGAAAUAUACAGGUAGCAUUUCUGUUCUUGUGAACAUGAGAACUGAAUGGACCCACAUAUACUGUUUUGAAUUAAUGUUUCUGUAAGACAUUGUUCCCCAACCUUGGCCACUUUAAGAGGGGUGGACUUCAACUCCCAAAAUUCCUCCCUACCCAUACUGGCUGAGGAAUUCUGGGAACUGAAGUCCAUCUCUCUUAAAGUGGCAAAGAUUGGGAAUCAUUGCUCUAGGACAGUGGUGGUGAACCUAUGGCACACAUUUCCAGAGGUGGCACUCAGAGCCACGCACACUGUUGCCCCAGCAGAGUUCGCCAGAGUAGGGAGCACAUGGCGUUUGGAAGUGACAGGGCAGAAAGUGAGUGAGCAAGCAGCGUUGCCCCCCCCCCCGGGAUACCCUGGAGAUGGCGAGGAACUAGCCCCGGCCACGCUCACCCAGUCUGCCGUGACCACUGCAGCUACACCCACCCAUUAAGCCACGCCCCCCAUCCCGCCUGAGGGCAUCACAAUGCUGAUGCAGCCCUGGCACUUUGCGAUAAAUAAGUGGGUUUUGGGUUGCAGUUUGGGCACUCAGUCUCUAAAAGGUUCGCCAUCACUGCUCUAGGACAGACAUGUCAAACACAUGAUGUGACGUAUCGGAACGGUUUUGCCAUUGCCGGCCAUGGGGUGGGUGCAGCUUUCAGAUGAUGCGUCCGGCCUAUGAGCCAGCAGUUUGACACCCCUACUCUAGGAGUAUGUAUGCUAUUCCAAGGAAGGAUUAUGUAGAACAGACAUGUCAAACUCACGAUGUCACAUGACGUCGUGCAACGUAUCGGGCCGGUUUUGCCAUUGCUGGCAAUGAGGUGGGCGCGGCUUCCACGUGACGCAUCCAGCCCAUGGGCCGGCAG